AAUUAUAUAUAUAUAUGUAUAAUGAAUGCCUCUCUCUCUUGUCUCAUUUAGGUUACUACAUGUACAAAGUGAUGGUUCCAUUACCUUAGAUGAUUAUGGAUUUUUCUGGUUAUUUUGAUAUAUGUGAACUUGGGAAAAGUGAAAGGACACAAAGAAGACAACAACAGAAAUUUUUUAAUACCAUCAGUAGUUCAAUCAGGAAAUCGUCAUACCUGAAGCCAAAUUUUUUACCAAUAGAGAAUAAUGAUGAAUCCCUUAGCGAAAAACUUCAAGAACCCUUAUAUCCGGGUUGUCGUACAACACUGCUUGACUCCUUGUUUAGACACUUUAUCAACUUUAGCGCAAACAAUGGAAUGUCAAAAACAGCACUAAGCAUGUGCCUUAAAAAUGAGAAGACAGUGUUGCCAACUCCCAACUGCCUCCCAGAAUCAUACAAAGAUGCAUAUCAGCUGAUCAAACCAAUGAUUAUUGAAACAAGAAGAUAUGAUGCAUGUGUAAAUGACUGCUUGCUUUUCUGUAAAACAAAUGACAAUGACUAUUCAUUAGACAGAGAGUGUAUGAAAUGUGGUGAGACACGAUAUAAAGCAGAGUCCUUAAGUGCACGCAAAACUUUCACAUAUAUGCCUAUUGGACCAAGACUUUCAGGGAUUUUUGGUAGUGACAAUAUAUGCAAGAUUCUGUAUUCGAGACAAGAUCUAUGCAAUGGAAAGCUAACAGACAUUGUUGACGGAAAGAUAUACAAAUCUUGGUAUAAAGAUGGAGGUGUUUUUCAGAACAUGGAGGAAAGUUGUACGGUUCCUUUGGCACUUUUUUGGGAUUAUUUUGUAACCAGUGGAGCUGCACUUUGGUGUCUACGAGGACUAUUGCCCACUAAACAAGAGACAACAUUAGGGAAGCUUUUUAAUGUGAUUGAGUUGCUGACCAGUGAAUCUUAUCAUGAAAACGAAUUGGAAUACAUUAUUGAAUCUACAAGUGAAGCUGUUUCAUUGGUGGAAAGAGAUUUCCCUAUUGCAUUACAGACUAUUACAACACAUCUACUUCAUCAUAUACCAGAAGGAUUUGCAAAUUUUGGUCCUCUUUAUGGGAGGUGGUUGUUUCCAUUUGAAAGAGUAAACAGUUGGAUAACCCGUCAAGCUUUAAAUAAAAACAAGAUUGAAGCAACAAUCAUGGAGACUUAUGCUAUUUACGAUUGGUGUGUCUACAUGAUAAUGUCUGGAAAGGUCAAACAAGAUGAUAUUGACAUUGGUAAACUGGAGAGACUUCUUUUAGAAGAUGAAAAAGAUGACAGUUGUAGUACAAAUGAGAAAAAAUUCUCUAUUGAUGAUAACAUUUUGAGGGAAAUGGCCAAUAUUUAUGACUUUUGUUUGAUUUCAAGAAUGAGAAAGGAAGGCAAGGAACUUGCUUCAUGCACAAGAUCCUAUGGAAACACUACAUAUGGAAACACUGGCAGGAAAAUCAAAUUUUCACCUUAUUCCAAUAACAAAUCUUCAAAUUCAUACGUGUAUGCUGUAGAUCAACAUUCAACUGAUUCAUUUCUUGACAGUAUGAUAUUUGGUUCAAUUUGUAAGAUUUUUGAGCAUGUUUGGAGAGGACAAACAUACACCUGGGUUUUACUGGAUAUAUUUGAUGAUGUUAGAUAUGAAGAUGGAUUCUGGAGUGUGUUAGAGAGUAAAACCUCACAGAAAGCUGUUAUGUUGAAAGAUGUCAGUGCUCCUCAGAUUGUUGGGAGAGAUAAUGAUCGACUUCAUUAUGUCAGUACAUGUAUCUAGCUUGUAAUUGAUCAGUUUUCUUUUCUUACAAUGUAUAUCGACAAUGUUUUAAAUUUCUCCAAAACUUCUGUUAAAAUUUUACUUCCUUGAUACCAAUGUGUAUUAAUGUUAAAUAAAAGCUCCUUUUCUUAAAAAUACCAUAAGAAUCUUUAUUUCAGACUGAAAAGGUCAAUAUAUUUACAUGAAAUAGAAUAUGCUGUCCAUAUUUACACAUAUAACUGUCUGAAUACUGUUAAUUCAGAAAUUAUUGCAUGCAUUUAUUAUUGCGAUUUUGUCAUUUUAGACUAAUUUUAAUUUUUGCGAUAUUCAGAAAUUUCCUGUUUGAUUCAAAAAUAAAUUUUAAAAAUGCGAGUUUUAAUUAUUGCGAUGAUAACCCUGUCGCAUUUUUCGCAAUAAUAAAAACAUCGCAAUAAUUUCUGAAUAUACAGUGUUCAUGAUAUGUUUAGAUAUGAGUAGUUAUUUAUUUGUUAUUUUAUAUUGGAAUGUAAGGUUAAAGUGAUUAAAGGAAAAUCUCAAAUUCUUAAAGCUAUUUAGUAAGAUAGGUUUUUCUUGUAGUUAUCUUUUAUAAUUUUUUGUACAUGUGUAUUCCUUCUUACCCAUGAUACUUGGCCAGAAGUAUGGCUGUUUCUAUAGGAAAAUGGAAUACCACCAGAUUUCGUGUACAUAGAAUUUUUUUUUAUUCUAAGUCUUAAAGUCUCAGAGAUUUUUAACUAUUUGUCAGUACAAUCUGUACAUACAAUAUAUAUAUAUAUAAAUAAAUUUUAUUUUGAGUGUUGCUCAUCGAUUGAACCUGUACAUAAUUACAAAUAAAUUUAAGUGAUCUCUUAAAAAUGAAAUUAAUGCCCAGCCAAAACAAAGUAAAAGGAUAAGUAUAAAAUUUGGCAUACAGAUAAGGCUAACUUGUACUUAUUUUAAGUGAAUAAUGUCGUAACAUCUUUAUUUCUUAUUAUGUAUUUAGAAACAUUUUCAAACUCUAGCUCAUAUAUUUUAUACUUAUCAACAAAAUCACACACUUAUUAUUUUCUAUGAAGUUAAAAAAAAAAUUUGAAUUGAAAAACAAAAAAAAACGAAAAUUUAUAGAUUUAUAACCAGUUAAUAUUUUUGACACAAUAAAUUUUGAAGUUCAACUUAUUUGUAAGGAAAAACGUGGUGUUUUUUUUUUUGUAUUGCUGAGUUUAUAAAAGUGUAUCAUAUGAUCAUUGAUAAUAAUUAUUUCUUAAUUUGCCAGGGUAUUUUUACAUGUGACAGCACUAGUUUAUACAUUUGAUCUUGCUGUAUUGAAUUACUAGUCUUUCAGAUGUGUAAUUGUUACAUUUUGUUCAAAAAAUAUGAAUAAAAAUAUUCUUGCACACAAA